CAGCCCGGGAACUGUGCCUGUUGUCGAGUCAGUGCACGGCGGGCUUCUAGCAGAGCUGCCUUGUCCGCCAAGAUGCGUACGUUACAACAGUCUGCAAAUAUAUCUGGGGAGAGCUCCAGGAAUAGCCAGAUCUCGCGCAUGCACCCGCCCUGAAAGUCGGACAGUCUGGGACCAGCCAUUUCCUCACAAUGCCGCCUCGCAAGACGAUCUAUCUGCCCUCCAGGGACUAUGAGCUCCCCGAAAUCGAUAUUUUGACCCUGAUAUACGAAUCUCCCGAAUCGUGGACCACCGAGUCGACCAUUCUCCAUGCCGAAGCCGCUCUGCCCUCAAACUGCGUCACCAAGGCACAAGCAAGGACCUACACCAAGCGCCUCGCCCAUGUCUUCCGCCACCAGUUUGGCAUCGGCGCAAGUGGUCCAGGCAAGGACGUUGUGGUGUGCAUCUCCUCCGGCCAGAUUCUGCUCUCAAAUGUCUUUUAUGGAGUAAUUGCGGCCGGAGGGGUAUUUAGCGCAGCAAGCUCAUCAUUUACAGCCCUGGAGUUGGCGCGACAGGUCAAGCAGGGGAAGAGUGAUUUGAUUGUUUGCAGCCCCGACUGUGUGGAGGUCGCCAUACGGGCGGCGAAGGAGUGCAAUGUCCCGCUAGACAGGGUUUUGGUGCUGGAGUCGAUGAGUGGAAAGAGAGUAUUACAGGACGUGGAGCGGAAGGGCAGAAAUCUGAUCCAGGACGGCUGGAAGAAAGAGGAGGAGCUCGAAUGGGAAAGAAUUACGGACAAGAAAGUCUUGGAGGAGAGGGUGGUCUGUCUACUGUACAGCAGUGGGACGACGGGCGUACCGAAAGGAGUCAACAUCUCGCACACCAACCUUGUCUCCGAAGGUCUCAUCCCCCAAUACAUGAUCCGAGAAUACUUCGCUCGCCAACGCCGGCUCAACCCUUCCUUCAGCUUUGAAUAUCGAACCUUGGCUCACCUGCCCGCCGCGCACAUCGCCGGCUGCCAGGGCUACUACGUCAACCCAUCAAUCGCUGGCGGCCCCGUCUACUGGAUGCCGAAAUUCGACUUCCCCAAAUUUCUCGAGUACAACAAGAAGUUCCGGAUCACCCAUUUCUUCACCGUGCCGCCGAUAUAUCUGCUCAUCGCGAAGAGUCCGCUGGUGACGGAUCAGUUCAAGACUCUGGUGCACGCGGUCGGCGGCGCCGCGCCAAUGGGCGCGGAGCUGCAGGCCAUGGCAGAGAAGAAGCUGGGCUGCCAGAUCAGCCAGACGUGGGGGCUGAGCGAAACGACCGGCUCCGUGACGGGCAUGCCGUGGGACCAAGACGACAAGACAGGCUCGGUCAGUCCGCUGCUGCCGAACGUGAGGAUGCGGAUCGUGGACGAUGAGGAAAAUGACAUGGAGGAAGGGCUGGAGGGAGAGUUCAUCAUGCAAGGGCCCAUGGUCACCAAGGGGUAUUGGGACAACGAGACCGCGACGAGAGACAGCUUCACGAGCGACGGCAUGUGGUUCAAGACGGGGGACAUUGGCCUGUGCAGGAACGGGAUGUUUUACGUGGUGGAUCGGAAGAAGGAACUCAUCAAAUACAAGGGCCUGCAGAUCGCGCCUGCGGAACUCGAGGCCCUCCUGCUCUCGCACCCACUGAUCCAGGACGCCGCGGUCAUCGGCAUCCCCGAGCCCGCGGGUUUCGGGAACGAGAUCCCGCGCGCCUACGUGGUCGCGGACAAGGCCCGGGUAUCGGAGCAGGAGAUCAAGGAUUUCGUGAGGCGGAACCUGGCGCAGCACAAGCAGCUCCGCGGCGGCGUGGUCUAUCUGGACGCGAUCCCGAAGAGUCCCAGCGGGAAGAUCCUCCGCAAAGAUUUGAGGGAGAUGGCUAAGCGGGAGAGGGCCGGUGAGCAGGCGAAGAUUUGAUAGGGGUGGGGGAGUGAUUUCGUAGAUGAUCUGCAGUGGAAUGGGAUGGGAUGGGCAUAGAACUGGUUCCAGGGAGCCAGGGAUAGAGCAAAGGGGCAAUAUAGAGUAGAAGGAGAGUAGAUCUCUGCUAGAACUUGGAAAGGUGGUGGUUCAAAUGGCAAAGGCACAUGCUAAUGAGGUUCACAGAGAAGUGGAUCUCGAAAGAACUCUUA